UGAACUUGAGUGAGUGUAGCGGUGAAACGAACCUUUUUAUUUUAUUUCACUUUCUCUCUUUUCUCUCUCUCGGAAAUGUGUGUAUUUUUCCCUUUAGUAACUUUUUUUUUUCAUUGAUUUACAGAAUAUGUGCUUUGUUUGAUUCAAAAUCCAUAAAUCUAAUGAUUUCUCAUGAAUUUCAUUCAAAGUUGUGAACGCAUUGGUGGAGGUGGCAAGUGUGCUAGUGACGAUUUAGUCAAUUCUUCGAACUCCAAGAUUUCUCAGAGUUGAAGAGAACAAUAACAACAACAAUCCGAGAGUAGUCUUGCAUGACCUUUAAAAUCUUCUAGAAACGAAGGAAGGUUGCAAAUACUUUAGUGAAAAGCUAAAUGGAUUCGAUUACCACAACCCCUGUUCCGGCUUCUGACAUUCCAAUUAAUCAGGGUAAUAGUCGAUCUAUUAACCGUAAGCUUUCUACUCGAUUUCCUUCAUCCAAAGAUGCAAUGUACCCCGAUGACAUGGUUAACGAAUUUGGACCGAGGACUAGGACACUGAGCCGGAAUUCAAGUAAAGCUCAUAGAGGAAGCGCAAGCGCAAGAUUUGACUCUUCAAUGUCAAUAAGAAGAUCGGGAAGAAUGAUUGAUGGCGAAAGUGGUAGGAUGGAGUAUGAAGUGGAGGAGGAGUCAGAAAAAGACGAGGAGGAAAAUGAGGAAGACAACACAGAAGAAGGAGAAGACGAAGCGAAAGAGGGAAAGGAGCCGGUGAGAAUGUCACUGAUGGCGCUAUUAGCCGAGUCAGAAGGGUCACCAUACAUGAUGGGAGAGGACGAGGAUGAGGAUGAGGACGACAGUGGGGCCUAUGUAGGUGAAGAUCACUUAAACAAUUGUUGUGUUUGCCAAGUUAGACAUAAAGGUGCUGCAUUUGUGCCAUGUGGACACUCAUUUUGUAGGUUAUGUUCAAGGGAACUUUGGGUUGAAGGAGGUAAUUGUCCACUUUGCAACAAUUUCAUAUUGGAAAUUCUUGACAUUUUCUAAUCAUUUCAUC